UUUUAAGAAGAUAUAACACAAUUCAAAAUGAAGCUUUUAAUUUUACGAUUAUUUUUAAUUUUGUGCUGCGGCUUGGUUUUGUGUGAACACCCGCGAUUUUUAAGAAAAGAGGCGUAUGAAACAGUGCCGGAACUAAUAACAUCGGCUGGCUACCCGGUUGAGAAGCACCGUGUCGCAACAGAUGACGGCUACAUCAUACAAAUGCACAGGAUACCUGCGGGCAGGAGGACCGCUAGGAAAGCCGGCUUCAGCGCAAAGGGGAAGAAGGCUAUAUUGGUUGUCCAUGGACUGUUGGGAAGCAGCGGCGACUUUGUUAUCAUGGGCCCCGAGAGGAGCUUGGCAUAUCUCCUAGCAGACGAAGGUUACGACGUAUGGCUAGGCAACCUGCGAGGCACUGUUUACUCCUCGCAUGUCAAUUACACAAGGAGGAAUCCAAAAUUUUGGGAGUUCAGCUUCCACGAGCACGGCGUAUACGACGUUCCAGCGAUGAUCGACAAAGUACUAAACGUAACCAGUUUACCCAAAGUGAUGUACGUGGGCUACUCCAUGGGCACAACCAGUUUCUUCGUAACGAUGUCGGAGAGGCCAGAGUAUAACGACAAGAUUAUAAGCUUCGUUGCUUUGGCGCCCGCGGUGUACUUGAGCAAUAUCAAACUGCUUGCCAUCACCGUGUUGAAGACUUUAGAAUUACCGGCAAGAAUGCGCUCUCAAGGAAUGAUCUCACUAACGUUACGUAGCGAUCUCUUAGAUCUAUUGAUAAGGAACAUAUGCUUUCAAAACAAACCGGAGGACGAUAUAUGCAUGAGGCUCGUGUAUAUGGUCGUCGGAGAAGAUCUCGAACAAUAUGACAAGGAGUUAACAUCUGUAAUAUUAUACAGAGCACAGCCCGUAUCUUGGCGACAAUUGGAACAUUUCGGAAAAGUUGCCAUUACAGGUGUAUUCACUUCUUGGGAGGAUGGGCUGUGGGGUGCUGUGAAACCAUAUAACUUAUCCAAUGUGAAAGUACCAGUGGCACUUCUCUAUGGAAAGAACGAUCACCUAACUGAUAAAAGUCAAAUAAUGCGGCUCGCCGUUAAACUCAACGAAACCGGGAUGUUAGAGACAGUACGGCCGGCGUGCGACUGGGAGAAAUUCAAUCACCUUGAUUUUGUGUUUGCCAGACAAGUCGGCACACUUCUAACUAAGCCACUUGUGGACUAUAUAAAGACAUUGUUUAGUAAAUAUGGACCCCCGUGA